AUGAAAUCUUCCCAUAAGUACCCUGCUCCCGACUCGAGCCGACAGAUAGUACGUGAUACCGUUCGCCGGUUUGAUAUGCUCGGUCAAACGAACAAUGCAAUUUCAUCACCACUACCGCCUUUACCUCCACCACCACACCGUCCAUCCAUUCCCGUUAAAAUUAAUAAUAAACAAAUCAAUUCGAAAGACGAUAGUCCAACAGCUUCUCUAAAUUCAUUCACUAAUUCGACUCAUAGCGAAUUGAUAAUGAAUUCUGCCGCAUCGGAACGCAGACAUCUGGUAUCAACUAAUACAUCAAACAGUGCUCCUAUUGCUAGACCUAAACCUACUCUGCCUUCACUUACAGCUAAUCGACCAACGAAGUUUCGAAGACGAACACCUCCGCCAAUACCAAUCGAAUCAACACCAAAUAAGCAACGAAACACAAUCUAUAUCAAUCGCGAUAAUAAAACCAAUAACCAUAAGGAUAGAUAUCAAGAAGAGAUUGAAACGGAUUCGCCACGAGCCUUCAAAGCUUUUGCCAGGCCAGCGACAGUUUAUACAGAACAUCGAGUGUCUUCGUCUGCACAAACGGAUGAACUUGAUUUAUCAAGAGCAUCCGCGAGUAAUAAUCAACCUCGUCGAAUUGAAAGAUCACCUCCUCCGCCACUACCACCGUUACCAUUGCCUUUACAAGCAUCUGCAAACUCAUCAAGAAUUGAUGACCGUAGUAGUAUCGGCUUAGAAAUCAUUAAUCCGGAAACUACGCCUCGACGAUAUGUUGCUAUUCGUCAGAACGGACUUAGUCAUCGUCCUGAACGUGUUAAACCUGCAUCAACAAUUAUCGAAGACUACGAAAUCGAAGAAGAAGAAGACGAUGAGAUUGAAGAAGAUGAAGAGAAUCAGGAUGGAUCCUCGGAAACUGCUUAUCAUUCAUCGGGGCAACGUCAACCAUCUAAUUUUGGCAAACCACAUCUUCGUUCCAACCAAAAACCUAAAUCAUAUCCUCUGAAUGACUCCCAAGCAUCUGAACGAAAACGGACACUGCCAAUUUCGAAUUUAAUGAUGGAAAUUGGUGCUUUAUUAAUUGUCUUCGUGGUUUGUAUGGUGCUUGUCGUAGCCAUUAAAACAGACGUACCUGGUCUUCAAACAACAAUGCUAGGUAUUUACAUUUACGUCUAUGCUAUUUCAGUCGUAUGGAUGUUAUGGUGCACUUUCGACAUUAUUAAAUUUCGACAACAAUGGAUGCAGCUAACUGGAUCUGCUCCCACUCAAGAAGUAUAUAUGGGUCUUGCCGAACAUCAUUCAGAUACGAUGUUCUAUUUUCCUGAUGUUCAUAAUACUGGCGGAUUGUUUAUGAGAAUCGGUGCUGGAUUACUCUGUAUGGGCAGUUUAAUUCUGACAUUAAUUGAAUUAGCUAAAACAAUAGCAACUGUUGAUGUUCAUGGCAUAACCCGCACUGCAUUGGAACCGAAAUACUAUUCGUCAGUAUCAAUAGCAAGAUCAAUUGCUUACGUGUUCCGUUUUCUGUUUCAUUGCGUACAGUUUUCGUUUUUAUUCCGCUACGGAAAUUUGAUUAUCAAUCGCUAUCAUGCACUCGCAAAAUUCGGACUGAUACAUUUGGUCAUUGCUAAUUUUUGCUCAUGGUUCGAAGCUAUUGUAAUUGAAACAUUGGAAGAAAUACAUAAAAACACACCCACAAAAUUAGAAGACGUCACCACGGCUUCCAUCGAUUUCUUUGCUACAAUCAUAACAAGCACUUCUCCUAUUGAUAACAAUGGCAGUAAUGAUAGUCUGCUUUCUUUCACACGGGCCGCAUCUGCUGAUUCAUCGGAUGCAGUACCAAAAAACGGCAGUGCUCUGGCUAUGAUUCUAGAUAUUGAGGGAAAAGUCAGUGCUUAUCUUUACCCAUGUUUAAUCGAAUACAGUCUCAUAUCCUUAACGGUAUUUUUUAUCAUGUGGCGAAAUGUCGGUAAGACAGAAAAACGUUCUUCAUUACGUUUUGGUGCUCGUCACGUUUUCACUGUGAAUUGUGCACGCGCUUCACGUGGUCUACUCAUUGGUGGUAUUUUACUUCUACUAACGAUUUUAACAUUAAUACCAACUUAUAUGUUAACUACGAAUGAAGCGACAAUCGUUACACAUGUGACCGAGCUGGUCCUACUUGUUGUCGCAUUAUUUACCGUCUUGAUAUCUUUUAUGUAUACAUCAAAACUCUUCUAUGAUCAUCAUGCACAUGUCGAUACAUUUGAUCAAGGUUUGAUUUUGGUAACAGCCAUCGGUGACUUUGCCUAUUCGUUUUUCGGUUUAUUCGCUGCACUUUUCUUUGACAAAAGUCAACUUGGUAUAUCGAUUGAAAUCGAAAUGUCUAUUGGUUUUUUAGCCAUAUUUCAAACACUUUUACAAACGAAUUUCAUCUUGGAUACAUUGAAACGACGAACAAGGAAUAAGCAAGAGAUUCGAAAUAAACCAGGACGCGAAACAGUCACUGCUUUGUUAUUGAUGAACUUAGCUAUAUGGAUGCACGAUUCGUUAUCAGCAAAAAAAGUCAGAUUAAAUCCAUUGCAAACAGCCUUCUAUGAUCCUCAGACGUGGGCUAUCAUUCAAGCAUUUACAUCACCGUUAUCUAUCUUCUAUCGAUUUCACUCGAGUGUAUGUCUUGCAGAUAUCUGGCAAGAAGUGUAUCAAGACGGUGAUAAAGAAGAAAAGUAUCGACUAGUGAAUGGCAAUAAUAAUCAUUAA